GUCCGGUUCCAUUACUCCAGCUUUGCGUGACUACGAAAUCAGUUUGAAGUCACUGCGGCGCGUCCAUCCUUUAAACAAGUCUUUCGUUAAAUUAAUUCCGUGUUCUAUUUAUUUCAACGUUACCUGUUCAUUUUUUAUUUAUUUACGUAAGUUGAGACUUUUAACUGUGACCUGGGAGUUUCCUUUAUAGGUUCUGUUCAAAUAAGUUACACGACAGGUAACGUCAAUGACAACCUUCCUUUCAGUGAUACAAAACAUUUUAGUGCACGUUCAAAGUCCACCAAAAUUCAGAGAUAAAACUCACGAUUGAUCUAAAGUAGCGAUACAUUUCUGCUUUUCUAAGCAGCGUUUUAAAUGGACUCGGCAUGGCAGAGGGUGGAAUCGAUGCAUCGCUGGAUUCUGGAGAAUGGGGAUAAACGCACAGACCCAUGGCUUCUGGUCUACUCUCCUGUGCCGAUCAUUUGUAUAUUUCUGUGCUAUCUUGGUGUUAUUUGGAUGGGACCCAAACUUAUGAAACACAGAGAGCCAGUAAACCUAAAGCCAGUGCUUAUUGUGUAUAAUUUUUCCAUGGUUGGUUUAUCCGUGUAUAUGUUCCACGAGUUCUUGGUCACCUCAUUGCUGGCAAACUACAGUUAUCUCUGUCAACCUGUGGACUACAACCCCAGUCCAUUGGGAAUGAGGAUGGCCAGUGUGUGCUGGUGGUUUUUCUUCUCGAAAGUCAUUGAGCUUGCUGAUACGGUCUUUUUCAUCUUAAGGAAAAAGAACAGCCAGCUCACAUUUCUACAUGUGUAUCAUCACGGAACUAUGAUCUUCAACUGGUGGGCCGGAGUUAAAUAUGUGGCAGGUGGUCAAUCAUUUUUCAUUGGCCUGCUGAACACUUUUGUUCACAUUGUGAUGUAUUCUUACUAUGGCUUGGCAGCCCUGGGUCCUCACAUGCAGAAAUAUCUGUGGUGGAAGCGUUACCUUACCUCACUUCAGCUGGUCCAGUUUGUCCUGCUGACAGUUCACACAGGCUACAACCUCUUCACUGAAUGUGACUUCCCUGACUCUAUGAACGCAGUUGUGUUUGCAUACUGCGUCACUCUCAUCAUUCUUUUUAGUAACUUUUACUACCAAAGCUACAUAACCAGGAAAAGUAAGAAGUCUUAACGCAUUAAAGGAAAUAAAUCAUCCGAUGUGGCAAGCAGAGUGCGCAGACUAUUGUUCAUUAUGCAGUAUGGUUUGUGCCUCAUAUGACCAGUGAUAAUCCAACUAACAAUGACCAUACUUACAUAAAUGCACAAUAACAAAGAGAAAGUAUAAUUGUGUGUUAUGGUUUUAGGGCGUUAGAUUUUAUGAAUUAAGCUAGAAAUGAAUGUUUGUCCAAAUGCAAAGUUUGUUGUUACCUUUUUUGGAUCCAGUAACAGCUUUACAUUAUCAAUUAAAAAAACUUGAAAUUGU